AUAUGGCAACACAAUAUGGAAUUCCAUAACAAUGUACACGUUUUACUAUAUUCAGCACUCCUUGACCUUGGAACUGAUUUGUUAUUCGUGCUGUUUUAUAUUUAAAGAUUACUUAAAUAAGAAAAAAUUAAGAUGAAUGCUGUCUCAGAAAGCAUUAAGGUAAUAAUCUCUCUCAAAGUUUAUACAGUUUUGAGUAUGGAAAUGGAACAAAUUCAAUAGAGAAAAAUUCAGGGGAGAUUAUUCGAGUCGUUCAUUGACAAGUUAGAACUUGUUAUUGUAUUGGUGAAUCAAAUGUUUACACUGGAUACCAUGACCAGCAAGAAUUCAAUAAAAUAGGAAUGGAAUUCAAUCAAAUAGGAAUUGAAUUCAAUCAACAAACAGUCUUGGAAAAAGAUUCAUUUAAUCUAGAUGUAGGCUAAGCUACACAUUUUAGUAGUACUAGUAGAUUAUUAUUAGGAUUGGGUGACCCAAACGUCCCGGAUUUUGUUCCGUUAUUUUACCAUCAUACCCAGUGUCCGAAAAAGUCUCUUGGAACGCCUAAAUGUCCCGUUUCUAAAACGAAACAUAUUUUCAAAUCACUAAAAUUUCCUCAUUUAUAAUAUAACUUCAAGUAAUAUUUUGGCUAGCUGUGUAACUGUAGCCAGUGCCAGUAGUGAUGUGGGCUCUAGUGAUGGCUGCACUGUUCCCCCUCCACCACUUUGGUGACGCUGCAAAAUUAUUGUUUUCGUUUAUGAUAUGCCUCAGAGUUUAAAUUAAAUUACAGAAGGUAAAUUUAAAAAGAUUUCUAGGUCUCAAAAUAGUUAAAAUGAGCAUAUUUCAAUAAACAGUUUCCAGCAGAGGCCCCCAGAUUCCUCUUUAGCUGGAGGGUAUCCCCCCUAAGCCUCCUUGAUUGUGUCCAGUUCAUGAUUUGGUCACCCUUGCUUAGGAAGACUAUUUAAUUUAAUCAGCCUAACUUGUGACUCUAAGUCUAAAAUCAUUUAUUUGGAGAAAAAAUAAAUGAAUACCUUGUACAGUAGAUAUGCCUGGCUUUAUGCUUAAAGAUAUCAGGGUAAUAUAAUUUUAGUACAAUAAAUUAAACACCAUUGACAAGUGAUCAUAUUUAAGUGAUUUAAAUUAAAAACUCCCUACUUACCAGAUGGAACUUCAUUAAAACUUUUGAUUAAAACACUUCAAUUGUGAAUAGAGCAAGUAUUUAUUGUUUUCAGACUAGAUAGUCAUCAAGUAUUUUUGUUGGCUUUAUAUGGAUUUUUGGUAAAUUUGGACUAUCGGCGACAUCAUGUUUCACAUGGCCACCCUCUUGUUGCCACGACCUGUAAAAGGUCACAGGUCUUGACAAUCAAGAUGGCGACUGUGUAAAAAAAGUGAACAAUUCAACACAUUAAAAAUGAAAAUGUAAAAAUUUAGUAAAAAACAUACAAGUUUAAUGAAAUAAUUUCAGCCGUAUAUAAAUUUCGUGGCGAGCGAAGCUACUUCAUUGUAUCCAUUUAGAUAUUUGGCCAGAAGUGUCAACAACCUGCUGUAACCACCUUUGAGACAUAAUUUCAACAGGUACAUGCUCAUUUCUCUUGCUACAGUUACCCACUGUGGUCAAGACAAAUUUAAAAAUGAAGAAAAACAAAGCAAAAGAAUUUUAAAGUAAUAAAAACCCAACUUACAUUUUCAUAGAAUAUUCUUUUACACACUUUAUUUCAGGUUCCACCAAAAACAAAAUCCAAAAUUUGUCAGAAAAAUCAAUGAAAUAUAAUAUCAUACCUAUUUUCCAAAUGCCGAAAAUUUAAAUAUUUUAAUUAACCAACCAAUGAAAUUUUAUUUAAAGCAUGCCAUUGUCGUAUUAAAGAAAUGUUAAAGCUAGUACUAGUAACAACACAAAGGGGAGUGGAAUCCAACACAGAAACUUAACAUAAACACUUAAGUGGCGUCAUGGCGCGGAUUCUCUAUUUUAGCCUGUUACCGGAAAUUUGUUUGGAUGAAAUUUCGUUGACGGAAAAUUGAGUGACAGUUUGGUCGAAUUUUUUUUUUCAGUUCACACAAUCAGAUUUUCAUCAAAUUUCUUUUUGAACGCACAAUACGAUAUAGUAAAAAAAAUAAUAAUGCGCUCAAAAAUAAAUUGGAUGCAAAAUAAAAUCUUCUGAACUGAAAACAAAAUUCAACCAAACUUCUUUUCUAAUCAAAUUUCCGUCAAUCAAUUUUCCCUAGACGAAAUUUCUUUCAAACAAAUUUCCAGAUACGAUUUUAGCCAGAUUUUUAAUUACAAAACUUUGUUUUUUUACAUCAGUCGAUCAAAAAUCGUUUGUUUAUUGUCUAUUCAGCUAUUUUGUGUCUAAUUUUUUACCCCUUUUGCCGGGCUCAGACCUAAUGCAGUAUUCAUAAAAUAAAGUUAAAAACUAGACGUGAAGUAUUUACUGAUGAUGUAAUCUGAGCUCUUGUAAUUGAUUUCCAACUUUGUAUAUUUUAUUGACAAUCUUUGGCAGAUGAUUGUAUUAUAAUGACACUGAUGCUUGGCAUUGCGCCCCUUCUCUUCAGUGCAUUUGGAAUAUCCCCUAGGAAGUCUUGGUUGGGGGAUUAUAAAUUGAUUUCCGACCAGUGCAGCAGAAAGUUUUCAGAUAAAUGAACCCACUGACAAGUACCACACAUACAAUUUAACACAUAGACAACUGAAUCUAAUGACAAUUUUUCUGAACUAAGACCCAUGGCCAAUAUGGGGCACCAAACUUUCCUCCUCGUGACAGGACAAAAAUUAUGCAAAGUUCCAAUGCAUUCCAACUCCUGCAUAAUGACCAGACCAGGGAAAUGUUAUGAGCAGACCAGAGAAACAUAAUAGCUGACCAAGGAAAUGUAAUGAACGGAUCAGGGAUUUGGGUACCAGGAGUAAACCAGGGAAAUAGUGGUUGUAUUAUUAUUAUACGUGGUUUUAUAUAGCAUGGUACCCCAGCCUAGGGCUGGGCUCACCACGCUGUACAUACAAUUUAACAAACAUAAUAAAAAAUGCAAAAUAAUUAAUUGACAUACAUUAAUUAAAUAAAACAAAUCAAAUGUAUAUUUAAAACCAUUUACAUCUCAAGCCAUGGACGACACUCGGUAGCAUUGUUUUUCGGUCAGAUCUUGAUGUACUGAAACACUAUUGUUACGGUUCAGCUAGGGAUGAAGAAGAUUGUCUCGGUGGUGUGUCGAGGGUUAGUACUGCCAGGAAUGGGCCAAGACUUUUCCCCCACUACCACGGAAAUUAUUUUUUUUAUCUUCAGUUGGUCCAAAAUGGUCCAAUAUAAAGGGGAAAAGUGCUGACCAACCCCUCGAAAAACCCCUUCCUACAAAAAUGGAAAGACGUUUUCCUGGCAGCAGUGGGUCCUCUCAUAGUAGGAAAAUAAGGGGUUUCAGGGGUCGUUGUGUGGUCAGCUUUAAUUUUAUAGGAGGGACUUCACUGGUUUACUGACUGGUUAAGUCGACUUUGAUUUGUGCUGAGAAAAAUUAGAAACGGUGUUAGUGAUUAAAUAUAAUAGGAUGGGCUCAUUUUAAUUUAUUAGUAAUCUUCUUCUAUUGCCUUAUUUUUUCAGUAUUUGCCCACUGAUUGCCUCUUUGUAAAUAACCAACUAUUUGUUAAAAUGAAAACAUCAGAGAUUUUUAAUAAAAAUUAGAACCUUUUAUCAAACAUUGUUCCACAUGACUCCCUCUACCUGCCAAAAAAAAUGCCUCUUUGAUUUCAGGAUUAUCGAGUAUACAAUUUGCUUGGAACUGGUGGAUUUGCAGAUGUGUACAGGGCACUGUGCCACACUCCUGACAGGGAGGAGAAGGAAGUGGCUAUUAAAAUGGUACAGUCCAGUUUGAUAUUUUCAUUGGUUGCUGUAGCAGUGUACAUUUAGCUUAGCAGAGUUACAUCAAGACUGAGUGUUUGAAACUGGCUGCGACUUAUGAAAUUAUAGUCUAUUUAAAAAUGUAAUACAGUUUACUGUAUUUUGAUAGAAAUUAUUUAAAAUAAUAAGGAAAGGCAUUUCAUGAUAAAUCUUGAUAAGAAUGUUAUAUGUAGCUCCAAUUGUAACAGUUUUAUCAUAGUUUGUCGCUUUUUAUGGGGGGUUUACUAAAUUAUAUUUUACAGAGCCAUGGAUGUAUUUUAAUAUGCUGAGAAAAUUAAUUAGUGUAGGUAAAAAGGUAUACUUUUCAACACUGAAUGAUGUACCGUAAUAUAAAUUACUAGGAGAUGCAAGAGUCUGCAAAAAGGGAAGACUAAGAGAGCUCAACCAGAUGGGAGAAACCCAAACUAAAGCAUCAGCUUCCACCAUUCCUCUUUUUUUUCUGUUUAAUUUUUUCCAAUGAGCUUACUAUGAAUAACAUCUUCUUAUGGACACUUUUUUAUUUGUCUAAUCUGUCUGUAAAAAGUUAUUCUCUUAAUUUUUUUAAAAAUCUAAAAUGUAUACAUGUUACGGGCAAUGUGAAUAAUUGGGCAUUUUUAUAUAAUGCCCUGACAAUUUAAAAAGUGCCCAAUGGGAUGUAACAAAAUGAUAAUUAUGUAGAAAAUAUUACAUUGCCUGGGCAUUAUGAAUAAUUCUGGAAAUCGAGUGGGCAAUUUGAGAAAAUUUUUAUUCAUAUUUCUCUACAUACAAAAAUAAGAGGAUAUUAUAUUAAAACAAAUUUUUAAAUAACUAACAAAGAAAUAAAAAAAAAAACUGGUGGUGAUAAAAUAAGUAUAAAAAAUAUGUACGCCUAACUAAAAAAAAACAUAUUAGGUUUGUACUUACAAACACAUAUACACACAAAAUGUCAAGUCUUAACAGUUUCUAUUUAUUAGAGCAGCUUCCACUUUGGUAACAUUUCGAGUUACACAGCUUUUUUUCUUUACGGCACUUGUCAGAUUUACAGCCACAUUUACAGCCACAUCGACUAUAGCCUUCACCCCCAGUCUUGGAUGACAUUCUUGCACAUUCUCUUACUGAAAUCUCUGACUGAAGAAUUUCUUCGGCAUAAAGAAACUUUUCAUUACAUAUUGUAAAUUGGUUCCUAGCUUAAAGUUGAUUUAGGAUUCCAUGUUUCGUGCCUAAUUUAUAAAGAUUGGCAUCUGUUAUUUCAAGAACAAAUUACACAAUAUUUCUUCCAUCAGUGUCACCUCUGUCGUCAUCUCGAACUCUAACUGUGUCACCCUUUUUAGCGGCCAGGUAUUUUGAAUUAGAGGUUUGAAGCAAUUUUCAGCUUGUUUUUUAUAUUGCUUGCUGAAAUGUCCCCAAAUUUUAUUUUUGUCGUCUUUUCUUUUUUUUAACAUUGGGAUCCUCUGAGGAAUCUUCAUAACCUUCAUACGCGUGUUUUUCAUGACCUGAGACUUGAAUAUCAGGUGGCUCAGAGACAUUUAUUUCUCUUUUGUUGUUAUGGAAAUCAGAACUUGGUUCAGAUAACGAAGUUGAAGGUUGAACAUAACUAUCAAUAGAAGAUAGUUCCUCCUCGUUGACUUGGACCUAGCUCCGCUAAAGAAAAUGGUUGCUGGUUGGCCAGCAAGAAUCAUACCAUACGCACGUUGCCAAAUUGCUGUCAAUUAAUUAAAGUGACCAGAGAAAUAAUAGCAGUAUUUAUAAUGACCGGGCAAUGUAAUAAAUUAUCCUAGAUUAUCGUAGACAAAUACAAGUUAUUAAAUUGCCAGAUUUUAUCGGUCAUUAUUCAUAAUGACCAAGCAUUUUGAAAACUGCCCUGAAUAAUCAAAUUUCUCGUAACAUGCAUACAUCUUUUUUAAUACCCUAUCAUAGAUGCUUCACUUUUCUAUACUAUAUCUAAUAAUCCUAGAUACUCGUCAAGUCUUAAUUAAUAUUGUAGUAUGUUCAAUCAUUUAUCAGAUUGACAAGAAAAAGAUGAAAAAAGCUUGCAUGAGUGAUCGAGUCAGGAAGGAGGUAGAAAUCCAUUCUAGAUUGAAGCAUCCAUCUGUUUUACAGGUACAAUCCUCAUUUCACUUUAUCAUAAUCUUCAGACUUUUAAAACUAUUACUAAUCUUUAGUGUUCACAAAGUUAUGUUUUAAUAUAAACUCUAAAUGGUUAUUGAGAUGCUCAUUUCAAGUUACUUUUUAUGCUCUCACUUUUUCUAAAACAUUUUAACAAUUAAUUUUGUUUGGUUUUAGCUCUAUAACUAUUUUGAGGACAGCAAUUAUGUGUAUCUAGUCCUUGAACUUUGCCACAAUGGGGAAAUGCACCGCUAUUUACAGUCUCGGGCUCAACCUUUCGCGGAAGAUGAGGCCAGAAGAUUUAUGCGUCAGAUUGUGGAUGGAAUUUUAUACCUUCAUUCACAUGGAAUACUUCAUCGAGACCUGUCACUGUCUAAUCUGCUUUUAACCAAAGACAUGAAUGUGGUAAGUAUUUGGUCAUUACUUUCUCUUAGUGCAUAUUUCAUUAACAUAAAAUAACACAUAAAAGAUCUACUUAAAAAGUUUUAUACUGAAGUGCAGUCUAAUAGUUUUAAGCUGAGUAAAGAAAAUUAUUACUGCUUUUUUUUUGUUGUUGUGCACUUGUCAUAUUUUAUUUCUAUAAAUAAAUAAAUAAAAAGAAAGUGAAAAUCAUACAUUUUCAUUGUUUCAAAUGUUAAUACCUUUUUUUUUUUCAACAUUUAGAAAAUCGCUGACUUUGGUUUGGCUACUCAGCUUCAAGGCCCAGAGGAAAAACAUUUUACAAUGUGUGGAACGCCCAAUUAUAUUUCUCCGUAAGUUAAGCUCUAGCUCUUCAGCUUUGUCAUAGUUAUAAAAUACUGUACCAGCAGCGCAUACAAAAAAUUGAACAUUUUAAUGAGUUUCCUUUGACCACUCUAGAAAUAGGACAAUGCUAUUUUUGUUUUGAGCAACAAAAACUUUUUCACUUCUGAUUUCUUAUAUGCUUAAUGUUAGGAAUUUAUUAAAAUAGGAAACUAUUUAAAACAUAACCAGGUGGCUUUAGGGUAGAUAGCUUCUUAAACUUCUGGGUUGUAAAAAUGCACUAGCAGAGGAAUAACAACACUACUUUAUUUUCCUAUUUUUCUAUAUUCUUAAGUGUGUCGUGAUAUCAUCUAGAAAUAAAUUAACAACACAACAUCUGAUAAAAACUUUUUCUUUUGGCUAAAGCCUUGUGUAGAAUUAGUUCAUUAAUUAUAGUAAAUUGGUAUAGCUUAUACAUUCUCGUCAACAGUUUCUACUCUAAUAUUAUUCAUGAACUCGUUGCAUUAAUUAUUCUGUUGUAAAGUCGGGAAGGUAAUGACCCUUUUUUUUUCUUAUAUUAAUAGGGAAAUUGCAAUGCGAUCAGCACAUGGUCUUGAGUCCGAUGUUUGGUCCUUGGGAUGUAUGCUUUACACAUUCUUGGUUGGCCAUCCACCCUUUGAUACAGAUGCUGUUAAAAGUACACUGAACCGGGUUAUUUCAGCUGAAUACCACCUGCCAAAGAAUAUAAGUCCAGAGGCUCGUGAUCUAAUUCAAGCUUUGCUGUGCAAGAAUCCCAAGGAUAGGAUACCACUUAGAGGUUGAAAUUUUAUUUUUUCUGCAUUUACAAACUUGUGAUAAAAUAAUGCUGAUCUUAAUCACAACUUUAUCAACUAAAGUCAUAAUCACAAUUUUAUCAACUAAAGUCAUAAUCACAACUUUAUCAACUAAAGUUAUAAGUAUUCACAAAACAAUGGUUUUUUUUAUUCAUCGUGUUUCUUUUUCAAGGUAAUAUUUCUAAGUUUUAGACAUUAUUUGUGUUUUAGAUGUAUAUUCCAGUUAUUCAUUUUUACUUCCACAGAAAUCCUCACCCAUAAAUUUAUGUUGAACAAACCCAGUAUGAAGAAGGUUAUGAAGGUAUGUGUGAUUUCAAUGUUAGACUUAAAAUCUGUUAAAACAGAAUGAUUAACGCCAUAAGCUUUCAAUAACUUAAACAUAGGAAGUUAUAAUUUAGUUAGAAAAUUUUCUAACAAAAUUUUUGAGACCUUUAAUAUAACAGAAACUCAAGUUAAAAGAUUUUCUGAUCUUUUGUAAUUUUACAAUAUUCGAGUCUAAAAAAUGUCAUUGCCUGUAGAUUCAAUUAUACUUUUCAGAUGCCAGAGAUGUCCAUGGAUAGUGGGCGUGGAACAAUUACAUCUACAAAAUACAGUCAUUCUAGUAAUGGCCAUAACAAGCCCAUGCCAGCAUUUCAUCAUAAGUCAGAAAUAGCAGAAGACAAUGAGCAUUAUAGCCAUCAACACUUUGGAUCUGAUGGACGAGGCUCUGCAUGGACCAGCAUUAGCCAGGGAUCAAGUAUUAUCAGCAGGCACCCAGCCAGUCCACCUGUUAGAGAACGAGACAGGUGAGAUCGGGAAAACCAUUAUUUAACUGAAACAGUUCUUAUGCAUCAUCAGUUAACUGAAAAAUUUCUUACACCUAAUGUAAGAUAAGUUAAGAUAAAUACUCCUAAUCAUUGAUGGCAGAGAUUUAUUAAUAAGCAUAUGAGACUGACUUAUCCUGUGCUAAGGGGUGUGUUGUGUUUAUUUUUUUUUACUGCAAGAUUUCACACAGUUGAUCACGUUGAAAUCACUUUGAAGUUGCUAGAUCCCAAAAAAAAUAUACAUUCAAGUCAUGUAUAUAUGUUUAUUGAUUCAAAUGCAUAGAAUUAUGACAGAAAGAAUAGUAACAAUAUAAUUAUUUAUUUAUUAACUCUACGUAUGAUUGAGUCAGUCUUUUUUAUUCAUCUUUAGUCAAUCUGAAGAAGAACUGCGGAAAACAAAACAUGCAAUGAGACCUGGCGUGUACAACUAUAAUCUUCAACAAACAAGCCAGCAACUCAGUAACUUGAUGUUUACAGACACCACUGAUCGCAGCUGUGGGGGACAGCCUCCUCCAUCCCUUAAACCUGAUGCCCCGCCUCGGCCGUACCGUCCCCAUCACAACCCAGGAUCAGUGUCUUCCAGCCAGAGCACAUCAGAUUUUAGUCUCAAUGCAACUCGAAAGGUUCUCAACUUCGAAUCUGAGUCAGUAUCCAGUAGCUCACAUGAAAUUUUACAGUACACAUACAAAGAUCCAGCCAAUAUGCAAACACAAGACCUCAUGCAAAAAGUUCAGAACUACCUUGGCCAGCAAUGUGAUAAUGUCAGCAGCCUCAGAGAGAAUCAAAAAAUGAAAAAAUCUCCAGUGUUUAUGCAUGAUGAUGUUCCUGUGCAGGUAAACUACAAUGAAAUCAAAUGUGAUGUAGCACAUCAUGAUUUCACUCAAUUAUUGAGAGAUUAAUUACAUAGAAUAUAAAAGAAUAGGAAUAGUAUACUUAUAUAUAUACAUCCGUCAUUGUGAAACAUCGUCCACUUUCAAAAAGUCCCUUAAAACCCAUCUGUUUAGGUCCGCCUAUGACCUGUGAUGCACCCUCGUUGCCCUGCCUCAUUUUCUGUCUCGGGUUGAUCCUGUAGUAUAGGCCAAAACAUGCCAAAGUGUACUCGUUUUUAUAGCCAUUUUAAUGUUUAAGCUACUGUUUCUAUAGUCAUUUUUAACAUAGUUGUUACUAUUCUAAUGUCUCUUGUUUUUCCUUUUUAUUUUACUUUAGCAGUUUAAAUAGUUAGCAUGUUUUUAAUAAUUGUAAAGCGCUUAGAGCUGUAAGGUAAGCACUAUAUAAAAAUGCCUAAAUAAAUAAAUAUUACUGCUAUACAGAGAUUAAAUAAAAUAUCUUUGAUUUGGAAUACAUAAAAUAAAGGUUUGAAUGAUUUACUAAAUCAGAAGUUUAUACUUAAGUUAUUACGAAUCGGCACAGUUCUCAAACUUCUUCCAGUCUAACUUCUUCUUCUAACUGCCUUAAAUAAACUACCUUAAAUAAAACUAAUUAUCAAAGGGUAGGAAUGCGUUUAAAGCGCUUAAGUAAAUUGAUGAGACACAAACAAUAAAUGGUUUUUGUUGUACUGAUGAAGGCAUUUGCCGCAACAUUUGAUUUUGUAUUUUUCUGAUUAUUAAAGGUUAAUAUAUAUUAUAUAUAUUAUUUUAUCUACACACAUUUGGUCUCUUUAAUCUAUCUUAAAUAGAAUAAUAGUGCUUUUCUUGAAUGUUAUUUGUUUUUUAAAAUAGAAUCUUUAAUGCUAGAUCCAGUCUUGACAUGUUUUAACGUAAAUCGUUUUUAAAAUGUACAUUUCUAUAUUACUAACAACAGGUGUUGGGUGGAUUUUUUUCAUGGAUUUUAAAGCAAAUGUCAUUAACAUUUUUCAGUUUUCGAGUCCAGAACCAGGCCCAAGAAGAAACCAGCUGACAGAGCAGGAAGUUCGUUAUUGUAAUCGAGGGCACAGAGCAGCUACAUCUGAAAGGACAGAAGAGAAGGGGAAAGGAGAGAAGGGGAAAGGAGGUUCCAAUGAUGCCUUGGAUACAGAGAAUGAUAUUCUUGAACCAUUUAACACAGAAAGAUUAAGGCCUGUUCGUCAGAGAAUGAAAAAUGCAGUGGUAGGUCGUAGUGACCGAAUAAUUUUCAGAACUUGUCUUUCAAAGUUGAGAUUUUCAACAUAUGAAAAAAUAAGGGGGAAAAUACAGUACACGCGGUUUACAUUAGAUGGUUUUAAAUUCCACAUUAUCAAUAAUUUUACUUACAGAUGGUUACAUAAUUUGUACUAACAUUAACUUACUAAGAUUUUUUUUAAAUUAAAAAUAUCCCUUACCAUAAAAUAAAUUUAAAUUGCAUUUGGUAAGAAAACUAAUAACAGCAUAGUAUUGUGUUUGUGUUGUUGUUUUUGGUUGUUUUUUUUUUUUUUUUGUUUUAAGACCCCUUCAGCUAAUUCAAUAACUUCUUUCUGAUUAUUUGGUUUCUUUAAAAAGGAGUGCUUUUUCUUUUCUUUUUCAAAAGGUUUUUCAUAAAAUAAAUUUAAAUUGCAUUUGGUAAGAAAACUAAUAACAGCAUAGUAUUGUGUUUGUGUUGUUGUUUUUGGUUGUUUUUUUUUUUUUUUGCUUUAAGACCCCUUCAGCUAAUUCAAUAACUUCUCUCUGAUUAUUUGGUUGCUUUAAAGAGGAGUGCUUUUUCUUUCCAUUUACAAAAGGUUUUCACAUUUUGGUGCCAUGCAGCAAAGAACUUGUAUAGAUGUUUUGUUUGAAUUUCAAUUUUUGUGUCUAGUCUUUAAAAAAACAACUAUAAAACAUACACACAAAAACCAUUUGGCUUUUACUUUUGAGCUAUCAAGUAAAAAUAAAUAUGUUAUAUAAAUUAUACUUGUUUUUCCCAGGUCCACAUUCAAGAGAAUGGAGAUGUGUGUAUGGAAUUCCUCAGAAGAGAAGGUCAAGACGACAGAGUUUUAGAUGUCAUACUCAUAACCAAAGAUGGCAGAAAGGUAACAAUAUAUAUUGGGAUUUAGACUGUAAUUCAUUUAUAAGAGAAAUACAGAGAGGACUGCGUACAGGUUGAUGGCUCACUUCUGUAGUUCAAUAGGUCUAAAAUUUCCUGGUUACUACAUAUUUAUACAAGCUAAGAUUGUUUUUCUCUUUUUAACUGUUUUUGCUGUCCAAGGCUUAAAAGGCAGAAUUGUCACUUUCUGAUAUUGUCUUUCUUCAUGUUUUUCUUUACCCUUUGUAUAUUUGUAAUUCAUUUAGUAGUUUUACUUGAAUAUUUGAGCAUGUAACAAAUAUUUUAUGAGAGGAAGAAAAUAUUCAGGGCCACCAUUUUGUUCACUGAAGACCAAUAGUCCCACAUUACAACCAUUUUAAGUGGUAAAACCAGAAGGUCACUUAUUUUGUGUUUUAGGUAAAAAGGUAGAUAUUAUUUGGCUCUAAAAAAUUCUAAACACUGUAAUAAAGUUGCAGUUGAAAGGGAAAAAAACUAAUAUAAGUAGAAAUAUUUUUUAAGAUAAUUUUUGUAAGAAAAUAAAUUCUCGAUAUUGAAAAGAGGAUUGCAUUCUUCUGAUUAAAGGGACAUGAAUCCCACUGAAAUUUUUAAUCACUGUGUAUGCAUCAAUACUGGUUACAUUAAUAAAACUUAAGCUAUCCAUCUGUUGUUUUUAAUAUUCAUAAAUUAAUCUUACUGACUUGAUGUGCAAUGGCUUUCUAUUUAUUUAGAGGCAUCACGAAUGGGGCAUCUUGGACCAAAUAAUGAUGCACUAUUUAAAGAACCAAUAGCCAUUUCAUUUUAAGUUAACAUUCAUAUCUUUUGUUUCACAGGUUUACAUAAAUGAGCAACUUAAUUGUUUUGCAUAAAUAAAUUAUCUUAACUCCCCAGAUGAAAGUUUAUGUGCCUCCUAAGACCCAGUUUGUGAGUGUCUCUGAACAACCUGUACCUGUGCCAGACAAGUGCAAAACAUUUGAGUUCCCUAACAUUCCUGUAAAAUAUUUGAAGAAAUAUCAAUACGCAGCCAGGUAAAUCAAAUUUAAUCCUUUUUUUUUUUAAAGCGUGUAAUUAAGUCUUUGGAUACCUUAAUCCCCUAAAUAAUAUUGAUUUUUAUAUAAUUUGAAUUAGCGCUAGUAGAAAUAAGGAUUCUAAUAGCAAAAUCCAAUUUAAUAAUCCAAUCAUUCUACUUUGCUUAAGUGCAACACACACACACACCCAAACCACCGCAAGUGACACCAGCCCCCCAACACACACACACUUUCAUUGUUGUGUAUGUUAAUUUUUUUGUUGCUUAUAUGUUGAAUACAAAUAAAUGUAAAUUGAUUUAGUCCAGUGGUUCAUUGAUCAUUCACUGCAGCCACUUUGCUUUCCUUCAAAUCUAAAAUUAAAUCAUAGAGUUAUCUUUUACUAGUUGUCUGCAGACUUCUGGCUAGUAACCUCUGCUUCAUUUAUUGUAAUAUAUUUUUCACUUUUUAUUUAAAUUUUACAGUCAAUGGUAUAUUCUGAAAUAAUCUUUCAGCUCUGGAAAUGUUCUAUAUCAACAUUUUAAAUUUUGUUGUCAAAUAUUUCUCUUCUGUUCUCCGAAUGGUUCAAAGAUAAAAGAUAUUUUGAAUCCCUGUUGAUAUGGACAUGUCCAGACUGGUCAGUACCAAAUUCCAAAGACACUUGUGGCAGACCGCCUAUUGCUAUAAGGUUUUGGUUCUCCUCCUUAGGUUUGUAGCUAUAGCUAAAGCUGGGACACCAAAAGUCACAUUGUACACACACAGGGCUAAAUGUAUGCUGAUGGAAAACACAAAUUUCUGUGCAGAGUUCUAUGAUGGUGAGUUUCAACAUUUCUUUACUCUGAAAUGUUCUUGUGUUAGUAAUUUGUUGUAUUUAUAGGAAUUUACUCAAUGGCAAAAACAAAUAUUAUUAUUAUCUGUUUAAAAGUAAUGUUCUGAAGGGAUGAGAAUGGCUUUGUGCUAGACAUAUAUUUUGCAAGUGUUGUAAACUAGGAUGGUACAAAAUAUAAAGAGUCAUUUAAUACAUUUAUAUUUUACUUCAGAGGAUAUCAAUAUAUGCAUGUAGUUUGCAGAGGGAUGCUAUUUCUUUAGUGUAGAGCUAUGUCACUUAAGAAUGAGCGUUUACCUAACAAGGUCUUAAGUCUUGUCACAAAAGAAUGAGCAGUUAGGAUACACUGUGUUUAGACUUGUCACUCAAGAAUGAGUGGUUAUGAAACAGUGUUAAGAUUCAUCAAACAAGAAUGAGUGGUUAGGAAGCAUUAUGUAAAGACUAAAUUUUGCUAAUUUGAUGAAAAGAAAGUAGGCUCAUGAAAUAUAUGUAAUCAGUAAACAUUUUAUUCUCAUCAGUGUUAUGUAAUUAAUGUUAUACUUUUACUAAAUAUUAUUUAGGUACAAAGUUUUCAUCUGGGAAAAAAGGUGUUAAGAUAAUAGAGAAAGAUGGAACAUCCUUAACUUUGGAGUCAGCAGUAGAUAAUGCCAGGCUCAGCUCCGAAACCAGAAAUAUUUUAGAAUAUGUCAAUCAGGUUAGUUGUAUUCUAAUGUUUCUUUGGCACAUUUUUGAAUUUAUCUAAAUAUUUUUAAUCGUAAAAACGCUAUGAAUUUGUUAAAGUUUACCAGAUAUUGUUCAGAUGCUAUAAAAUUGAUUACAUGAAAGUUAUAGAAAUUAUUGUUUCUUUGUUGAUUCUACAGAAUUCUUUUUCUAAUAUGAUUUUUAAAUCUAUUUUAAAAAAACUAUAUGUUUGAACAAAUCUUUGUAUAUCUUAGUGCCGGCAUCAAUGUGUUCAACUUGAGCAAGUUAUUACAGCAGUUCAGUCUUCUUGUCCUGGUGCAAAUGAACUUUUCCCUGUCUUGGUUGGAAGGUAUUAAAAAUAUUUACUGCUAUAACUUUAGGAUUUCCAAAUAAUUUUUCAGUAAACUUUUCCAUGUUUAUAUUUUAAAGUAUAAACAGUUUAUAUUUUGAAGUAUAAACAUACUAUACGAUUUGGAAAAUAAUUUACUUCAAGGAUUUUAUAAAUAUGCUGUAAGAAAUGCCAUAUGGUAGUAAAAUAUCUCUUUACUUUGAUUAAAAUUAAAAUCAAUUUUUUAAAAAAAUUAACUUUUUAUUCAUCUCAUUUAUUAUUAGGGCUAAAACUGGGAUAGGAUGCCACGAUGUCAUUUGCGUGUUUAUUAAAGUUGCCGUGAAUUAGGGUUCAGGUUAGGUUUAGGGAUACAUUUACUUAGAUUUAGUGACAGAAUUAACUGGUCUCGUCAACCUAGAUGGCAGCCAUUGGAGAACAAAACAUGGCAUCUCUUAUGUGAAUUUACCAUUAUAAGUAAAGAUGUUAACAUUAUCAGAAAGUUUUAAAACUUUGAACAGUUCUUGAUUGAUAUAAUGUUGGUAUUUUUCCUAACUUUCCUAUUUCUAUUUGCAUUGACAGGCGGCCUGAGUACAGAUGCAUCAGUAACAGUGGAUCAAAUGGUGAUUUGACAAGGAAUGACGGCUGUGUUUCUCCGAACAUACCAAAUCUUCAGGUUUGUGAGAUUUAAAAUGGUACCCUCCCACAAUUUUGCCAUUUCUAGUAGCUCUAUUUAUUUAUUUAAUUUUUUUUUUAAAUGUCACUUAUAAUGCAGCAGAUUGAGGGGAUGGCACAGCCACGUGGUUGCUCAACAUCCAAAACCUCAGUAAAAUAGUGAAAAGAAGCAAUUUUUCAACAAAAAUGGAACUUGAUAAAUGUUACAGCUAUUUUAAUGACUUGUUUAUUGUCAGUGAAUAUCAAUAAAAAACUUUUCCAAGAUGAUUUAGUGAGUUAGGCAAAUUAACCAUCAUAAUUCUGUUGAUUGAUUAUUUAAUUGAAAGUUUGACCUGUCCAUGUGUGCCAUUAUUUUAUAUGAUGCCCUAAUACUGAAUGAUGAUAGCUUAUAUACCGAAAGAUGGUAGUUUAUACACUGAAGGAUUAUAGCUUAUAUACAAAAUGAGGAUAAAAUUAUGUUAUUAUUUAUCCAUUAGAUGACAACGUUUGAUGGUACACUUUUGAGUACAACAGCCAAUCAGACCUUUGAAAAAACAAUAGGGAACAAAGCACCAUCCUCAGCAACAUCUUCAUCAAGUAGUAAUAGUGGCCUAGGUCAAAAAACUAAACAACUGCCAACACCUUCGGUCAACCAGAUUUUUGUGGCAGAUGUUGGUUGGGCCUCCAGUACAGCAAAUGGUGAGGUUUGGGUUCGGUUUCAAGAUGGGACGCAAAUGAAUGUGAAAUCUUCUGAGACCUAUGUAGUUUAUAUUGAUGCAGCAGGAAAAGUCUAUAAGUAAGUAAUAUUUCUAAAGAAGGUUCCAUUAUAAAAAAAAAUUUUAAUACAAUAGUUAUAUAGUUGUGCAAGGUGUUUUUUUGCAUUAAUAUUACAGACCUGUUUACUCCUUGGCUUUUGCUGUAGAAACUACAUUUUUAAGCCUAAUUACUACGGCCAUACGAUGAGCCAAAAAAAAAAAUUUUUGUUUUUUGGGGUUUUUUUUUUUUUUUUUUUGUUAUUUAAAUUUUAAAAAAUAAUCAUUGGGGUGUUUUCAGUAAAAGUUACCCAAUUUUUUUUGUGUUAACUCCGUAAGCAAUCAAAUAAGAAUGACUGUGAUUGGCCUUUGCAGUCUGGAUACAAUCUCAAUUAGCCAACAAAAAUAAAUUUUUUUUAGAGGGUACUCUAAUUGUUAAUGCUUAAUUCUUUAAGUUGCCAUGUGUCGUCUAUUUUAGCCUACUGUUGCUCAUCAAUUGAAAUCGGCCUCAAUGCUAUUAUGCUAGUGGUUUCCCCUUGAUUGUGCGUACCCUUUCCAAGUUGAGGAUUUAUUAUUUUUUUAAUGAAAUUGCGUACCAUGAUGUUUUGACAGAUUUUUUUGUUCAGUUUACGAAUCAUCAUAUUUUAAGGUAAGUAAAUUUUACAAUUAUGUUAUUAAAGUAAAUGAUUAUUUCAAUGUAGUUUUUCUAGUUUUUAAUUGUUAGCCAUUUUAAAUAGAAAACUAUGUCUAUGUGUCUGAUGACUAAAAUAGUGUACUAAGUCUUAGUUUUAGACUAAGACUAAUUAUUACAAAGCUUAGUGGGCUUAGCUGACUUUUUAAAGUUUAAUUUUUUUUUUAAUUUUGGCUACUGAUAUUAAAAAUAAUAAUUUGAAUCAUUCAAUUAUUAAUACUUAUUAUUAAUAGUAACAAAGUGAAGCGUCUGGUAUUUGAUUUGUAAAUUUAAAAUAAUGCAACAGCUGUAAUUUAGUGAUAGGCCUUUUUUUAAAUCUACAAUAUAACAUCUAGCCUUUAAAAGAAUUAAAGGCCUAAGUUAUUUUAUUAAAUUAUUUUUGUAUAGUUUACUAAUUAUAAUGCAAAAUUAACACUAAACAAAAGCUAUUAUAUCACUUUUCAUUGCUCAAAAUUUUAAUUAUAAGGAUACCCCUUCUCAGGCUCUGUCUCAUGACACAGAAUAGGCCUAUUAUAGUAUCUCUGCAAUAUUAAUACUGGUACAAAUAGUAUAAUAGUGUGUAUGAUAUAUGACCUGCCUUUUGUAAGCCAAAUAUGAUAAUAUAUUGUUCUUUUUUUGUUUCAAUAUUCAGGGCUUAGGGUUAAUAAAAUAAUGCCCAAAAGCACCUUUAAAGACUGAUGAUGGUUAGGAGAGCAACCAAGGUUGUAAAAGUCAUAACUACACCCUACUAGAUUUAGUCCUGAUAUCAAGUAAAUUAGCAGGACAGUCAAUCCUCAUGGGUCAUCUGGAUGCCUAAACACAUGGCUAAAAUAUUUCAGGACUUUGAAAAUGAAGGCAAACUAAUAAUUUAUGAAAAAUUGCAAAUGUCAGGAUAUAUAAUAAAAAAAUAUAUUUACACCUUUAUUGGUUAAAUUUUUUACUGUGUGUUGUGUCUUAAUAUUAGUUUUUAAUUUUACAAAUACAUAAUUUUUUUCAUAUGAUUAAAAAAAACAUUAGUGUUUUAAUAGUCUAAGUUUCUGAGAGCUGAAAACUACUCUGAUACUAACCCAGGAGUAAACAGGUCUGAUACAAGGUGUUUUUGCCAUAAGAAUUAUACAAUUUUACUGUAGACAAAGAAAUAGCACUGUAUACAAGUAAAACCUGUUUAAAUAAAAUUUAAAAUUUUUAUAUUUGACAAGUUUAUAAAGAAAAAUAAUUUUUGAUCCUUUUUUUCCUUUGACAAAAUAACUUGUGUGCAUUUUUUUAAAGUACCGGUUUCACCUGAAUAACAAAACUCUCUCCCAUUCAAUCUCUUUCAUUGCACUUAGGUACCAGCAUUCUGAUCCUCUGCCAGAUUUUGUCAAACAAAAACUGAGUAAGCUGCCCUUUGUUCUUGAAAAACUCCAUCGGAAAUCUCCACAAAUGGUGUCAACAUCAACGUCAUUAGUGUAGCUCAAAUUAUUUUUUUUUUUCUUCCAGUAAAGCUGUUACAAAUGAGAUAGCCAGCUGUCCUCACCCACUCGCUUUUGUUUAUGUUGACCCCAAUUAUUUUGAAUGUGAUAUUCUUUUGAAUUUUUUGGAGUAUUUCUUUAAUGGAGGUAGGUUGAUGUUGGUUAAUUACCUUAGUCUUAUUUAAAUUAAUUCUGG